CGCGGGCCCUGAUUCUAGCGUGAGCAAGCGAGGAGGAAGGCGGGCGGCGGCGGCAGCUGGGCAGAGAGCUAGUGAGCGUGAAGGGGGCCGGGCCGGAGCAGCCGGCGCUGGGCCCAUGGCAGCGCCGGCCUGACCCGACGCAUUAGUCCUUCUCGCACUUGGAAGGCGGCGGCGGCGGCACUAACACCACCACCACCACCAUGUUACCCAGCCAGGCAGGGGCCGGGAACGGCGCUGCCGCUCUGCCCCGCAGUUCGGUCAUGGGCAUGGCGCGGACGUCCUCCGGCCGACCAGGCGCCGGGCUCCCCCGAGGGGCGAACGGCGGCAGCAGCGGCGGCUCUGCAGCAGUCCGGGGCCCCGGCAAUGGGACGGGCCCGCCUAGCGGGCAGCCGGCGACGGUCGGGGGCCGCUUCGAGCGGGACCGGGACGUCGGUACGGCGGCGGCCAGCGCCAGCGAAGGCGAGUCUGACUCGGCCGAAGACGAAGAGUUGGUGGGCGACCGGCGCGGCCUGAAGCGGACUUUGGGUGACAUGGAACUGGGGGUGGUGACGGGCCCGGAGGCGGCGGCCGCGGCGGCCGCGGCAGCGGGUUACGGCGGCGUGAGCGGCUCGGUGAGCGGCGCCAAGCCCGGCAAGAAGACCCGCGGGCGCGUCAAGAUCAAGAUGGAAUUCAUCGACAACAAGCUGCGGCGCUACACCACGUUCAGCAAGAGGAAGACGGGUAUCAUGAAGAAGGCCUAUGAACUUUCCACCUUAACAGGCACUCAAGUGUUGCUGCUUGUGGCCAGUGAGACGGGUCAUGUCUACACAUUUGCCACCCGGAAACUGCAGCCCAUGAUCACCAGUGAGACGGGGAAAGCGCUGAUUCAGACAUGCUUGAACUCUCCUGACUCCCCUCCUCGGUCAGACCCAACCACUGAUCAGCGCAUGAGUGCCACAGGCUUUGAGGAGACGGACCUCACUUACCAGGUGUCCGAGUCGGACAGCAGUGGGGAAACAAAGGACUCACUCAAGCCUGCCUUCACGGUCACCAACCUGCCGGGGACGACGUCGACCAUGCAGACCGCUCCCACAACCUCCACCUCCAUGCAGGUCAGCAGUGGCCCCUCGUUCCCCAUCACCAACUACCUAGCGCCCGUCUCUGCCAGUGUCAGCCCCAACACAGUCACCAGUGCCAACGGGACAGUGCUGAAAACCACUGGAUCCAGUGCAGUGGCCUCCGGAGGGCUCAUGCAGAUCCCCACCGGCUUCACCCUCAUGUCAGCAGGUGCUCCACUCCCUCCCGGGACCCCUACCAUUCCUCUCACUCAGUUACAGCCACACUCGCUGGCCCUCUCCGGUCAGCAGGGCCAGGUGGCAGGCGCAGGGACACCUGGACAGCUGCAGCAGGCUCAGCAGGCAGUCUUCCGAUUCCCAGGCACAGCCGGAGGGCAGAUUGUGUCCCUGACAGGUGGCACGGUGACCCAGCAAGUGCCCGUGCAAGCCAUCCAGGUGCAUCAGGCCCCCCAGCAGACGUCUCCCACAAGUGAUAGCAGCACUGACCUCACCCAGACCUCUUCCAGCGGGACAGUGACCUUGCCAGCUACUAUCAUGACUUCAUCCGUGCCAACCACGGUGGGAGGACACAUGAUGUAUCCCAGUUCGCACGCGGUGAUGUACGCACCCACGUCAGGCCUCACGGAUGGCGGGCUCGCGGUUCUCAACGCCUUCUCCCAGGCACCAUCAGCAAUGCAGGUUUCACAUGGGCAGGUCCAGGAUCAGGGUGGAGUCCCUCAGGUGUUCCUGACAGCACCCUCAGGAACAGUUCAAAUCCCAGUCUCGGCUGUUCAGCUUCAUCAGAUGGCUGUUAUUGGGCAGCAGUCCAGCAGCAGCACUAACUUGACGGAGCUGCAGGUGGUCAACUUGGAUACAUCCCAUAGUUCCAAGAGUGACUGAGCAACUCUGGGGAGGGACCUGGUGGAGUGGCUGGAAGGGAAGUGUGUACCUGGUGCCCAGACCUGCACCAUCUGCCUCCAUCUUUUGUGCCGUGCACGGGCCAGGAUCUGCAGCCCUCCUGAAGCUGCUCCAGGAUUUUGGUGGUCCCUAUUUUUGUAUGGACUCCGUCACUUAUUUAUUGUUGCCUUUUUCACUUUUUUCUUCUCUCACAAUUUACACUGACACACACACACACACACACACACACACACACACAUACACGAGCUCAUAUUAAAAUGGCUACAAGGCCAGCAGCAGGGAGCUGAGCCUGGGCUGUAGGGGGGCUUUGUUGCAUUUGAAUGCUGCAUUUUACUGUGCUUUUGUGUGUGUGUGUGUGUGGUUUUUUUUUUUUUUUGUUGCGGGUUUCUUUGUUUUCCUCUUCACUCCAGCCAAAGAAGAAACUGUCUCUCACAGGUGGGAGAGUUUGCUCUGCCAUGUAUAUAACCCUUCUUCUGUUUGUAUCACCACCCGCUCCCCCAAAUAUGCAUCCAGAAUGCCCCAGUUUAUUGUCUCCAGGCCAAGGAACAGAAGCUGUGGGGAGAGGUUGGAAUGCGGAAGAGCUUGAAGCCAUCGGAAAAGGGAAGCCCUCUGGUCAACGUAGGCAUCCUGCCUGUCCCGUCCCUUUUCUUUUCUUAAAGCCCGUCCUGGGGCAAAGAUCUCCCUUGCCCUCCCCCCACCCGCGGUUCAGGUCCUUCAGCUGGCUGCAGCAUUGUGCCUUCAAGCCGUGAGUGAGUGAGUGAUGCAUCGGGAGUUGGCCGCAGCAGUGGCCUCGCCUUCAGCCCUGGCUUGCGAAGAGGGGCCGUUUCUGCUGGGAUCCAUCCAUCUGGGGCUCUUCUGAGGCAGCCAGGCACUGGCUGGGGAGAGGGCAGAAAGCAGAGUAUUUCGAACUUAACCCCCUGAAUGGUUCCUCUCUCAGAAUGUAAAUUCGGUUGACAGGAAAUAACGGACUGGCUGGCCACAUAGCGUGUGAAGUCUAGUUUGGUCUGGCUGCCCACACAUUUCACAGCCCAGCGGGUGCCUGUAAGCCCCACUUGGCCGUUCUUUGAAACACACACAGCAUCCCUUAAGCCCAGAAACUGCAGUUGCUCCUGCCCUUCCGCAGCGCUGGGAACAUGCCCUCUUGGGUUGCCUCUGCCUUGCCCGUGCUUUCCUCUUGCAGCGGGGCGGCAGGUGUGCCACAGCGAGCAAGUACAGCAGCCUUCCCCAGUCGGCUGCCUUCCAGGUGUGUUGGGCUAAACCUCCCGUCCCAUUGGCCAUGCGGGCUGGGAAAGCUCCGUGUUGUUGCUCAACGCGCUUGGAGCACACCAAGGAAUGAAGCUCGAUGCAAGCGGAGGUACUUCUUAAAGCAUGCCUUCCCAAGACACUUUCUUCCUCAAACUGAGUCUGCCAGCUUGGGGGUGCUGCAGUCGCGACUGGCCCAUAGCCCCUUUUUGCCUGAGAAAGCAUGCUUGGCCCUUGCUCUCAAAGUGGGGCUGGGUACACAGGACGGGGCAGACCUCCUCACAGGGGUCUCACUGGAUAGCUCUUCCCGUGUGCUAAAGGGGAUCAUACUGGCGUGGUAGCCGUGAGGGUCGCGCCUGUCCUCGCUGUGUCGAUUCAAACACAAGUUUUCUGGAGUGAACAAAUGCAAGCCUCCACAACAAGGAAAGGGAAGAGCUGUGCAAAGGAGAAGAGAAGAGGAUGUGCUGUUGGCAGGAGGGAAGGGAGUCGUGUUUUGGUGAAGGAGCUGUGCCGUCGGAGAGUUCGCUUGCACAGAAUCACACAUGUGGUAAAAUAACCAGCUUAGAAGUGACAAAGCAAGGACUAACUUGCUGUGAGCGCCUCAGCAAUCCCCCCCCCCCAAAAAAUAAAAAAUAAAGGCCAGGUUUGGAACAAGGAAAGCUGCAGCCUUCUAAAGAAAGGAAGCAGCGACUGUAACUUUUUUCUUUGCUCUUUUCUUUUUAAUUAAAAGAUAAAAGAAGCCUUGAAAAAAAAGACUUUAUUUUUCUAAGUGUUAAACUCCGUAUUUAUGUAAUUCUUAAAGGAAUUAAAGUCUGGCUCCUGUACAGUUUUCAUGGGGUUUGUACUGGGGGGUGGGGUGGGGGGCCAUGGGGUGGGGAGGGAAAAAGGAGAGGAAAGGGGCCUUUCCAACUUGUAUUGUAACCUUUUGAAAAUACUUCCAUGGACAUUAGCGUUUAAACUGGUCUCCUGUCCCAAGCAUUUGGAUUGUACUUGGACGGAUGGAACCAAUCAGGAUCUGAAACCUGUCAGGAAAACACAAAAUGAGGAGUGGAGUGGGCAGAAGUUUUUAAUCCUUGUUCUUUUCCAGAGAUUUUUGGGAUCUAGAUCCUGCUUGAUUUACCAUUUCAAUUCUGUUGGCCAUAUUGUGAAAAAAUAAGCCUAGUUUGCUCAGGCCUGGCUUACAGAUGAUGGUAAAACAUCCGAUGACGGCAGAUGGUAGAUCACAUGUUUUAAUGUUUUCUUUAAAAAGCAAAUGCUAAGUAGUUUCAAGUACCAAACUAGCACCACAAGAACCAAAUAGGUUCAGGUUUUCCUCCCCUCCCCGUCACAGGACCCAAUGCGAGACCCUUUUUGGGUGGUGGUUUUAAUGCCAACAAGUAUUAAAAUGGUACACUCCUAAGUUUAUUCUCAAGAGUUCACUUGUUUUCAGUGUUUUGAUGCAUAUAUAAAUCAAGCCUCAACAAACAUUUAAUAGCUCUCAAGCAUUCAACAAUCAACUGUGGGAGUGUCUUUGUUUCUGUGCAAGAAGAUGGGCCGAGAGAGAGACCAAGCCACUAUUCUUGUGAAAUCCAUCUGCUUUUCCUUUCUCCAUCUUCAUUGGUAACUAGCACAAAAACAAUACUGUGAAUACUAUUAAAGCUUGGCCUGAGCAAGGCUGACUCGUGAACUCCACAGGUGGGAUAUCUGACAGCUUGCAACCUUGAUACCUUGCAUCAUCUCCCUAAUAAAGUACAAUCUGUUUUGCUAGCUGAGACAGAGCAGGAAAUGUCCCCCCUCCACCAAGGUGCAAGACUGGCUGUUAGAGGUGGUCAGCUCUGCUUGCCUAAUGGCAGGAUAAGCAGUAAACCCUUGUAGAAGCUUUUUACUGAACACUCCUUUGCUCAAAUAUUUCCUGUUUAAUAUAGAAUUGAUAAACCCUUUAAAAUUAACAUAAAAGCUGAAGCUGUUUGAUGGGUGCUUGGGUUCAAGAGAAUCUCUUUAUAAAUGAAUAAAGAGCAUUUUUAUUUACAUGCAUCUGCUUGGUAAUCUACCAGGUAAUGGGAAUGUUACUUCACUUGAGCAUAAAUGUGUGGAGAAACCGCAGUGAAAUGUGUUCUCCCCAUGGCAGGUAGAUUACGCUACCAACUCCCAAAUAAAUUGGUAGCGUAAGUUGGUACCAUGGUGGUAAGGUGACAGCUUAGUGAAUGGCCAGCUGUAUUCACCUACUGAAGAGUAAUGGUGGGAGGAAAUUAAUAAUGUCUGUUAACAAUCCAACAUUGUCUGUUAACAGAACAGAAUAAUCCAACAUUGUCUAUUAACAGAACAUUAUUAGUGGAAUGGGUUCUACCUCCUCACCCUCCAUCCAGCUGCUUCAGAUGGGGGAUUCUCUGGGACAUAUUUGCUGGAGGAUGUGGGGGAAAGAAGAGGGAAAUUUUGGGGACAGAGGAACAUCUGUAAAGCAGUAAUUUUUCAAUCAUGAAACUAGCCCAAAAGUUGCCUAAUAAAACAGGGAGAAGCCAAACUCAACAAAUACAUUCUCUGUUUUGAUUUGGCCAUUCUCUCCCCGUCCCCACAAUUUCUAGUGUUUUUACACCAUUCACUCGAUAUUCCACUUUCUCUCGGAAGGGCUCCCCUACAAAAGGCACUUGCAGGUUAAACGCUAAUGUUGCAUGUAAUUUAAAGUGUUGACUUGUAAGAACACUUAUCAGGGAUGAAAUGGCAUUUAUUGUGUGGUGACCUUUUCAGUUCACUUUGCAGAUUGUUUUGGGGUUUUGUGUGUGUGUAUGUGCGUGUAUGCGUGUACGUAUGCGUGAGUGGCUGUGUGUGGGGUUUGUUAAUUUCCAGGGUUGUGUUUCUGGAAGGAUGUGACAGUAAUUGCAGUACUAUGUACAGAGCUUUCUUUUGUAUUAAAAAUACUCUUUCAAUAAAUGUAUCAUUUUGUGCACAGA